AUGAAUUCCCUGUUUCGCUCACUCUUCACAACAGCUGCUACUGCUCGUCCUUUAAAUGCCCUUAGAACAACCCCUCUUGGAUUUAUACAGCCAGCUUUAACUAGAGGAUUCAAAGUCAGAACAUCAGUCAAAAAAUUUUGUAAUGAAUGUUAUAUUGUGAGAAGAAAGGGACGUACUUAUGUCUACUGCAAAGCCAACAAAAAACACAAACAACGUCAAGGUUAG